AUGUCGUCUCAGGGUGGUUCGGGGGGCUCUUCCAGCAUUCUCGGUCCGGCUUCACUCCUCUCCGGUUCGCCAUCCAUUAGCGGGGUGGGGGUGCUAUCAGCUGGAACUGGCGUAAGCGGCAUAGGCGCCACUGGAGCCGGACUUACUCGUGUAUUUGGUGACCGCUCUUACCUGGCCGAUCCUCGGUUCCGGCGCCGUCGAAUAGCGACUGUUACAUCUCCUACACCUGCCUCAUCACGUGACGCCGAAACCAAUGAGACGAGCUCCGAUGAACUCAAGAUGCUUUCUAAAGUAAAUGAUUUCGGCUUAGACGCUUCAGCAUCAUCUUUAAGCUCCUUGAGUCCUACUCUGCCCAAUAAAGAUUGCUCUUCUGCUACACAGACGUCUACGUCGGACAACCCAACAGGACUAAAUUACUCAAGUGGCUCAAGCGCAGUAUCAGUUGUCCGAUAA